CACUCCGACAUUACGUUCUUCUUGUUAUUCUUUGAUUUACAAACCAAACACGUACAAACUACAAACCACCAACCUGUAAACAACUCGAUCAAAUUCGACAAAUCACUUUACACGAACCUAUCCUCUCAGAUACAAUCUUAAUCUCGCACUUGCAAAAUGUCUAGACCAGCAUCUUCAACGAGCGAUGUCCUUCUCUACUUUUUAGCCAUCUUUCUCCCUCCCGUCGCCGUCUUUCUAAAGACUGGAUGCGACUCCAACUUCUUGAUCAAUAUCCUCCUCACCAUCCUAGGUUGGAUCCCAGGUUGUCUUCACGCUUGGUACGUUAUCACCAAGCACGAACGUCCGGCUCGUGUCACCUAGUGUAAACUCGUCGGGUCGGUCGAACGUGUUAUUGUACGGAGUAGGCGAAGAAGUCCGAUCGGUUGGAUGUUGCGAUUUACCUAUGAUCAUACUCCGAAAUACGACAUACUGUUGGUACACGAAAUUCCCAAGAUACCCAAACCGAAAUAUCAUGUUUGAUCGUCGGGACAGCUGGGGAGCGGCGCGGUGAUUUUCCCAACCUUUUCACAGAUACCCAUUGGUGCAUAUAUGUACAGCGGCAGGAUGAUUCAGAUAAUAAUUAAUUGUGGAAAGCUGAGGACUUCAAGUUUUUGUGUCUACUUCACACAUCUUUUGAUGAACAUUUGGACUGGCCUCACAGUGAUCGUACUCAAACGACGGUAUAAACCCAACAAACCAAACACCAGUGUAGUGCU